CCCACGCACGCGCGCACCCCACCCACCCCACGUCUCGCUCUCCCCACCCCACCUCCCGCUACAGCGCCGGUGGGGGGCCCCCGCGGCUGCCGGCGACCGGGCGCCGCCGCCGUCGCCGUUGUCGUUCCUCGCCGCCCCCGCAUUCUCGAACUGGCAUUUGCCAUGAUUUAGCGGAGGCAAUUUUCUUCGCAGCUGCUUCCGGGGUGGUGGACUGAAGGAAUAAAGAAUGAUCAACCUCUUUGAUUUGAGCGUUGGAGCCAGCGCCAAGGUCGCCUCAAGAGAUGGCUCUCCGGUGAGAGGAACUCAAUCAGAACGGAAGGAGUACGCUGGAUCAAAGACACAUGAUCCAUGCCGGCAGGUGACUGGCUGCACAAGGAGGAGCUCGUCGGAUAGGUCAGGUGGCACGCCAAUGAAAAUGCUGAUAGCUCAGGAAAUGGCAAAGGAGGGGGACGCAAAUCAGAAGACUACUAAUGUUGUAGCAAGGCUGAUGGGGCUUGACGAUAAUGCGGAUCUUCCUAAGCCUCUGCCUUCAAACAGGAGGACUUUCCCGGAUGGCCAUUUAUCUGCUACAUUGGCAAGAGUUAACAACCAAAUGUCAUUUGAGAAGCGUGCAAGUUCCAUGGAAGAUGUGGAGUAUAAGGAUGUAUAUGAAGUUGGAUACCAGCCACCAAGAGGUGAAUGUCUGAGCAAUGAAUCUCCAAGGAGGCCCAAUGAAGAUCACGACAAGAGAAGGAUGGAUCUUGUCCGCCAGAAGUUUGUUGAAGCAAAGCAGCUAGCAUCACAUGAUAAUCUCCUCCAGUCGAAAGAGUUCCAUGAUGCUCUUGAAGUUCUGAAUUCAAACAAAGAUUUGUUUCUCAAAUUUCUCGAAGAACCUAACUCGCUCUUUGCAAAGCAAUCUGGAGAACUUCAUUCUGCACCAACAUCACCUCAAAGAAAGCGCAUUACCGUGUUGAAGCCCUCGAAAUCAGUGGACACAAGGGAUGACAAAGCAAUUAAAAGGCAGAAAAACCAUGCAGUUGAUGGAAACAGGGUAGAAAGAAGCAAUAGUCACAAGUCUGAUGCUGCUCAUGUGAAAGUCGAAAGGCUUCCGAAACACACCCGGAUAGUGGUCUUGAAACCAACCUCAGCAAUUGCUUCCAUGGAGCAAUUUGACCAAAAUUAUCAUGCUGAUCUGGAUGAUUCUGAAGCACCUGCUAUAUCAAGGCGUUUGAGUGAUGAGAUAGAUUGGUCAGUGCAUGGGAUGUGUCGACGCCACAAUGAAUCAAAUCCUAUGAGCGCAUAUAGACCAUAUGAUCAAUAUGCUGAAGAAGAGGGCGCUAGCUUAAGUGACUCGGAUAUUGGAACUCCAACAUCACGUCAUUCUUGGGAGUACAUCUACCGGUUUAGCAAUCCUUACUUUGGCUCAUCUUUGAGCCAUGCUUCUUGUUCUCCCGAGUCACAUGUGACUAAGGAGGCUAAGAAAUAUACUUCUGACAGAUGGGCAAUUGUUCCGUCCAGUGAGAUAACCCAGGGAAAGGUGCUAGUGCGAAGAAGUUUGAGCACACUUGGUGAAAUGCUUGCCAUGCCUGAUAUGAAGAAAGAAGAGGUUGCUGAUCAAGCAUCUCCGGAUGCUACUAGCCAAUUGUGCAGCAAUGAGCCAACAGUUGGUGUAUCAUCUAAUUGUGCUGUUGGUGAUGGUGAGGGAGAAAGCUCUCUCAGGAAGAUCUCAAGGUCAAGAUCUGUUCCGGUCUCUUCAUCAGCUUUUGACAGCCUAAGGUUAGAUGGUGGAUGUUCAGAGGCUCAACACAAAGAAUCUACAGCGUCGAAGGAUGUCAAACCUAAGAAUGGGAAGUCAUCUCUGAAGGGAAAGAUCUCAAGUUUCUUCUCAAAACGUAAGAAAACAGAAAAAGAGAAGGUUAACCCAUCUCCCUUGGGAACCCCGAAUAGUCAAGUUCCGUCAGCCAGUACUGUUGUAAUUGAUAAAUCAGAUGUUCCAGAACAUGUUUGUACUAACUUACAAAACGGUGUUGCUUUCGGCUAUUUGGAAGAGCGGUUCGAGAAUGGACCAACUGUAGUUCCGCUUGAUGAACUUGAAGCACCCUCUACUUCUAAGUCUCCAGUUUCCCUUGAGAAAGCACUGCCAUUUGAGAUCCGCAAUUCCCACUUCGAUCAGCCAAGCCCUACAUCAGUUCUUGAUGCACAAUUUGAUGAUGUCAAUGAGAAAUCUCCCAUUUCAUCAGAGAGAGCAAUUACUGUUAAGCAAGAACCUCUAUCUAGGUCGCUUCCAAUUGGAUCAAUUGCAAGGACCUUAUCAUGGGAUGAUGCUUCUCAAGAGGCUUCAUUGUGCUGUACCAAAGGUGAUAGCCAUGAGCAAGAACAGUAUGAGUUUGUUGAGAAGAUUCUAACGUCUGUUGGCUUCUGUAAUGAGAAGGCCCAAGACAUCUUUGUCCGGUGGCAUUCACUUGACUGCCCUUUGGACCCAGUUGUGCUUGACCAACUGCUGGAGCGCAAAGUGGAAGAUGCCAAGUGCAGAGAGAGACGGUCAAACCAGAGGCUCCUCAUCGAUUCUGUCAAUGCUGCUCUACUAGACAUUGGCCAACGUAAACUUUGGGGUGCAUACCCUUGUACUGCACGGUAUUCCAAUGCACCGAGAGUUGCUACAUGUGAUGUGCUAGUAACCGAUGAAGCAUGGAGGUUAGUGAAAAGUUGGCUCUUCGAUGAUGAGAACGAUAUUGCCGGUUUGGGAGACAAUGCAGGCCUUGCAGCGGAUUGGGUUGUCGAUAAGGAGAUUCAUGGCAAAGGGUGGUCUGAAAUGCUGCGGUCCGAGGUGGAUGAAAUCAGCAAGGAGAUAUGCGGGGAUGUCCUGAGCGAGUUGGUUGGGGAGGCAUUUUCAGAGCUUGCUGAUGCUGAGUGCCAUUGAAGCUGCUUUAUUUUCCCUGCUUGUGGCGUCCACCUGUUGCUUUUAUUUCCAAUCUGGUGGAGACCGUCCCCUGAGGCUGAUCUGCACUACCCAGAGCUGUUCUUGUGUGUAUAUUGCCCUCAUAACUGUUUUGUAUGCCGCUCAAAUGUUCCUCAUCACCAUCGAUCCAUUCACAGCAAUAACUUUAUGAAUACAGCUGCUGCAUUUCAAAUUCUUUACGCCACAUGUUCUGUUCUCUGCUAUGUGGUGUCAAAAAAUAGAUGUAUGUAAAGCUGGAGGCCUCAAGCGCUGUGCUGUGCAGCCUUAGUGCUAAUUGCAGGCUCCUAGAGGAUAAUUACCUUUGUCUAUCACUUCCAAGCAAGCAUGAUUAGAGGCCAUGUGCCUCCUUCCUUGAAA